AUGCCGGCAGUGCAGCCUCCCUUGGGCUUGCCACCAGAGCUUUCACGACGGGCUGUCCUCCAAGAUGGCGUUCACGUGCACUCUUCCCAAGAGAGCGCUUUGCAAGAUGAUCGAGCGCAGGUUGGCGCUGUGGAACUGGCGAGGAUCUGCUCGCAUCGUUGCAAGCCCGAGGCGUUGGUGCAACCUUUGUGUCUGUCGAAACGUGACACGGCUUUGCCGAGCACAUCGGCUCGGCAAUGUGGCGACUCACAGGAUAUGCGCCUUGGCGACGCUGUCUUGGUGAAGAACUACAUCUUCUCGCAGGACCCAACUCCGAGUCGCCCAUGUGCUGUCGACGGUGGUGCAAGAUGCUAG